CCCUCUUUUUUCAAGCUUUGGGCGAUUUCAACCAGAAUUGCAAAAUUUUCUUAUUCUCUGUUAUGAAAACUACCAGAGACAAUGUCCAGUGUUCAACAAACCGUACAAGACACUAUUCGCACUAGAUUACCCAUAUUACUUCAAACACAUGACUGGGAGACAAUGACCAUCCGCAAAUUGACUCAACUUCUUUUAACCGAAGUUGAAAAAAGCGAGGUUGAACUAUUACCACUUGUUAGACAAAUCGUAGUGCAGUUGUUGAAAGAUGCCAACCCUUCUGUAAUUCCUUUAGACCGAGUAAAGGGCUUUUUCACAGGUCUGCGCAAACCACUCAAAGUAGACAAACGAUUACAAGAAAUAUUACAGUGUGGUUCAAUUCUCCCAAGGACUCAAAUUGUAAAGUAUCUGAAUCAGUAUAUCAAGAAGCAUAAUUUACAGGAUCCAGAACAAAAGAACAAAAUAGUAUUGGAUAAUGCAUUGCGUUCUUUGUUUGGAGUAGAAACUGCCACUUUUUUCAGUUUAAACAAGCUGAUUAGUCCUUUCUUAACCAUACCGGAAGAACAAGAACAAGAGAUGGUGCAUCAAUAUAUGAAAGAACAUUUGAAAGAAGCCUUGUUGGCAGCAGAAGAGUCAAAAAUGAAAAGGAAACAACAAAGCAAAGUUCAGUCGUUGAACAAAGGUACCACUUCGCAUCGUGGUGAGAGUUUACAGAAGCCUCUGAAACUAAGUAAUCUACUUUCUCAAAUAUGUGGUGCUGAAUAUCUAUCUCGGAGUCAAGUUGUCAAGAAAGUCUGGGAAUAUAUCAAGUUACACAACUUACAAAAAGCAAGCGAUAAGAGAAACAUAUCUUGUGAUGCUUUGUUAAAACAACUGUUUGAUGGAAAAGAAGAAAUCAAUUCUUUUCAUAUUUCCAAGUAUUUAAGUCCUCAUCUACAAAAGCUGAAUGGAGACGACUGACAGAAAGAGAGAGUUUUCCAUUGU